AGUCUCGAGCUGGAGGCGGCUCGCGCUGGACCAGAGUCCCGGAAGCACCGUAGGCGGGAAGCAUGAGAGCAGCCGUGGCGACGCUGGCGCUCCUGGCGGCGGUGGCGGCGGCCUACCCGUGGGCGGGGCGCUGCGUCCUGAGGAGGAAGUGCGAGGCUGUGGCCUGCCCCGCCCUGGAGUGCGCCGGCGGCCAAGUCAGGCCCAACGCCAGCUCUUGCGGCUGCUGCCCGGCCUGCGUCAAGCUGCUAGAUCGAGGUGAUCCUUGCUUCCAAGCAGUUAACGAAGAGGUCGCUUGUAGCGCUGGGCUCGAGUGCAGCGAGAAGACAAGAACGUGCGUGCCAUCUAUCGGUACUAUUCACAAGCCUCCGGACAGCUCUCGCCAUCCUCCAUGCGGGUCUUCAAAGCAAACGCCAUGGAAUUCUCCUCCCAAGUGUUCGUGGGACGGCACCUACGCUCCGAGGCAGUGCAAUGCCAAGCACUGCAUGUGCGUCGCCCCGAACGGCACUGUGCUGCCAUACAAGCAGUUACGCAAACACGAAGACAAGAUGGAAUGUGUGUGCGCUCGAGUGGAGUAUGCAAUGUCCCAGUUUUGGAGUCAACGCCACGUAAUGUGCGACCCCUUUGGCAACUACAAAACUACCGUUGCUGCAGAAGAAAAUCCUUAAGAAAUAUAAUCCAUAUUUGACAGUUAUUAAUUUUGUAUUUGUUUUAUCAGUGUCUGUUUAUAAAAAAAAUUGCUAAGCAAUCAAUUUAAGUUUACGUAUUCGAGUUGAUAUACAUAACACCAAAUAUAUUGUUAGAAUGAAAACUAAACUCAGUACUGUAAACCGGGGUGGAUAUAAACAGAAAGGGGGAUGGAAAAAAAAAAUAUAUAGGUAUAUUGUUUUACAAACAAUUCUAAAAUUAAUAGGUAUUUUCUUGUUCCUUAAAUUAUUUACCAAUAUAGUUUAUAAAAUUAUAUUUAUUAAAGAAUUUUGUGUUUAAAUUUCCUCUAGCAGACUGUUUCUAUUGGUCCCACUGUUUCUAUUCACCCAAUUUUACGACACACCCCAUUUGUUGGGGCAGAGAUCUCUGAUGCUGGGAUCACAACAGCGCGACAUAUGCGAUGCUAAUAAGGUGAUGUGACUGCAAACAUCACAGUAUUGUGAAAAUGACAAACAAAGAUAAACUAUUAAAAUCUAAAUAUAAUUAUUUUUCUUGCCAUUUACCUACGCACCAAACUUGCGACAGCCAUCAGUCCUUGCAGUUUUUUUAAUCAACAUGUUUCAUAGAAAUCUGUAUCCUUCAAAGUGUAAUGUUAAGUUGGAAAAUACAUGGUACCUGAUUACAUUUAAAAGAUAACAGAAAUAAAUUUAGUAAACAAAAGUAAAAAAAAAAUACACGGAUAAUAAUAAUAGUAUUACCAAUGAAAUAUUCUAUGACCAUCUUUCAAGAACAAAUUUGCGAACUAUUUUCAGUAACGUAAUGCUUGCAAUGUGUAUUGAAAUAGUAAAUCUUUGUGAUCAGAAAGUAUGUCGCGUCCGCCAUUUAUGUUGCGCUGCCGUCACGGAUGUGUCGAACGCUAUUGGUUAUAAAAAUAUUCGCAUCCAUCGCAUCGCAUCUGUCGUGCCAUCGUAGUUCCAGCGCGAGGCGCCAUGCUCAUGAGGUUGUGUGUCAGUGGUUCAAUCCCAGCUACGGGCAUAAAUCAGUAUACGAGCACAGUGUCUGUUGCAGAUGUUGUUCGGUACCCACUGCAGUAUUGGAUGUCUCAUAAUGCACGACCAUGGGGCGAAAACACAGGAAAAAUUGUCUGUACUCUUAUGAGUAACAAGUUUCGAUACAUAAAAUUUUUUUUCUGUAAAGUUAUAAGUGAAACACUGAAUUAUACAAUUCACUGAUGAAAAGUUUAUUGGUACACAAAAAAAAAAUUUUACUCUUACCAAACAAGUAUGGUAGUCUCGAAGAUUAUGAUACAUACAUGGAGAAACAGCAUUAAAAUAUGCAUACAAAGAUAAAACGUAAUGGUAUUGCUACAAAAUGUUUUUUAGCUGUUUUGUUUUGAAUAGAGUUCUCUGUCUUUAAUGUGGACUUUGAAGACACGUCUGUUAAAGGACAAAAUUGAAAUUACAAAAUAAAAUUUUUGUUGGACAUACACCAUUGCAUUGCUAUCUAUAUAUUAAUGUCAUAGAAAUUCAGGGUUAGCAUUGUCAUAUCCCUCUCUCCUCCCUUACACCAUUCUUACAACAUCACUUUAUAUAUCCUCUCCCUUUGCACUAUUUAAAUUUUUAUUAUUUAUUACCUUUCCACCCCUCAGAUGUUGCAAAAAAAGUGAGUCUAGAUAUGUAGCCUAAGUGAUUAUUUAUUUUUGUAUGAAUGUACUCGCAAUGUAUGUUUUAGUUUGAAUUUGCCUUGUUUUUAUUAAAAAUGUAUAUCGUGGGGGUGAACACUAAAACUAGGUAAUCACAAAUACUGUAUGUUGAUCCGAGAAAAAUGCAAAUAAAUAUUAACGUUUUUUCAUGAUGUUGAGAGAA